GUGGUUCCACAGGAGGAAAGCACACCCAGUCACAUUAAAGAAGCCAAACUGUCUGCUUCAAAGAGAAAAGGCAACAUCCUGUCACAGGCCAUGCUCUGGCAAAAAUCCACAGCUCCAGAGCAAGCUCCUGCCCCACCACGGCCAUACCAGGGUGUUCGAGUCAAGGAGCCAGUGAAGGAGCUACUAAGGAGAAAGCGUGGCCAUGCCAGCAGUGGGACAGCUGGCCCACCUACUGCGGUGGUGCUGCCCCACCAACCCCUGGCAACCUACAGCACAGUGGGUCCUUCCUGCCUUGACAUGGAGGUUUCUGCUUCCACAGUGACAGAGGAGGGGACAUUGUGUGCUGGCUGGCUCUCCCAACCUGCCCCAGCCACCCUUCAGCCCUUGACUCCAUGGACACCCUACACGGAGUAUGUGUCCCAUGAAGCUGUCAGCUGCCCCUACUCAGCUGACAUGUAUGUGCAGCCUGUGUGCCCCAGCUACACAGUGGUGGGACCCUCCUCGGUGCUGACCUAUGCUUCUCCGCCACUCAUUACUAAUGUCACGCCAAGAAGCACUGCUACGCCCACCGUGGGGCCCCAGCUAGAGGGCCCAGAGCACCAGGCACCCCUCACCUAUUUCCCGUGGCCUCAGCCCCUUUCCACACUGCCCACCUCUGGUCUGCAGUACCAACCUCCAGCCCCAGCCCUGCCUGGGCCCCAGUUUGUCCAGCUUCCCAUCUCUAUCUCAGAGCCAGUCCUUCAGGACAUGGAUGACCCCAGAAGAGCCAUCAGUUCCCUGACCAUUGACAAGCUGCUUCUGGAGGAAGAGGAAAGCAACACAUAUGAGCUGAACCACACCCUCUCUGUGGAGGGCUUUUAGGGCUGCCUUGCACCUACCAGCCCUUUCCCUGGAAACUGAGAUUCAGAAUGCAUUCAGAUGGAGCCUUGACUCCUGUCUGUUUGAAGUGGCUCUUUCAUAGGUACCUUUCUACCCAAAGCUGAAUUGUAUUCCUUCCUUCCUCCGUUCUUCCUUCCCUCCAUCUCCCUCCCAUUCUAUUUUCCUCCUUUCUUAUUUCUUCUUCCAGUCUUCUUACUCUGGAGGGGGAAAUUAUAGCAAUAUUAGGAACAGAACCUUAUACUGAACGUCACCAAGUCUGCAGCUCUGAGUUUCCCUUUGGUGUCACAGUAUUAGAGAAGUGACCCUCUCUUAGGUGACUUUGAUUUCUGGUUGCAGUAGCAUUAUAGAUCUGUCCUAAGAU